AUGAUGCGGCAUCUUUUCCCCCGCGCCGCCGCCGGCGCCUUCAGAGCAGCUCCCCGCUGCUCUCCCAGGUUAGCCGCUACCUGGCAAUCAGCGAGGCUCUACAGCAUCAAGCCCGAGGCCGCUUCCGUGGCCAAGCCCCUCGGCCUCGAUGCCUCAAAACUCACGAUUGAGAAGACGAAGAACCCGGGAACCCUGGGCAACCCGGCAGAGCUUGUCUUCGGCCGCAAGUUCACCGACCACAUGCUCACCAUCGAAUGGAACCAAGAACAAGGAUGGCUCGAUCCCAAGAUCGUCCCCUACCAGAACCUGUCCCUCGACCCUGCCACCUGCGUUUUCCACUAUGCUUUUGAGUGCUUCGAGGGCAUGAAGGCCUACAAGGACAAGGAUGAAAAGGUCAGGCUCUUCCGCCCGGACAAGAACAUGGCCCGCCUCAACAAGUCGGCUGCCCGCAUCGCCCUGCCCACCUUCGAGCCCACCGCCUUGAUGGAGCUCAUCUCCAAGUUUGUCCAGCUUGAUAAGCACUACAUCCCUGAAGAGCGCGGAUACUCUCUUUACCUCCGCCCUACCAUGAUCGGUACCCAAAAGACCCUCGGUGUCGGCCCUCCCGGCUCCGCCCUGCUCUACGUCAUCGCCUCCCCUGUCGGCCCAUACUACCCGACUGGCUUCAAGGCCAUCUCUCUUGAGGCCACCGACUAUGCCGUUCGUGCCUGGCCUGGUGGCGUCGGCGACAAGAAGCUCGGUGCAAACUACGCGCCCUGCAUCGUACCCCAGCUCGAGGCCGCCAGCCGUGGCCACCAGCAGAACCUGUGGCUCUUCGGCGAGGAGGAGUACGUCACCGAGGUCGGCACCAUGAACAUGUUCGCCGCCAUCAAGAACAAGGAGACCGGCCAGAAGGAGCUUGUCACCGCGCCUCUCGACGGCACCAUCCUCGAGGGUGUUACCCGCGACUCCGUUCUGUCUCUGGCUCGCGAGAGACUAGUGCCCGAAGGGUGGAUGGUGUCAGAGCGCAAGUACACCAUGAAGGAGCUCGAUGAGGCUGCUUCCGAGGGUCGCCUGAUUGAGGCCUUCGGUGCUGGUACUGCUGCCAUCGUUAGCCCUAUCCGCACCAUUGCCUGGAAGGGCAAGUCUAUCAACUGCGGUCUCAGCGAGACCGAGGAGUCUGGUGAGAUUGCCCUGAGGAUGAAGGGCUGGAUGGAGGCGAGACAGUAUGGUGAUGAGGAGCACGAGUGGAGUUACAUUGCUGCGUAA